AUGGCGUUGGCUAUAGUUAAGUUUGCUACUAGUACUGUGUUUUUAAUCGUCCUCUUUGCCAACACAUAUAUCUGUUUAUGCAGGUGUCCUCCGCAGGAAUAUGAGGCUCUUCUAUCCUUCAACAUCACCUUAACUUUUCCCACGGGCUAUGGCUAUGAAUGGGCGAAUGGAACAGACUGCUGCGAGUGGUAUGGCAUAGAAUGCGACGAGCACAAGAACCAUGUGGUGGAGAUAAGGUGGAUGCCAGAUCGAAAUGGCUAUGGUAGAGAAGGAGGAAUCAUGCUUGACAACCUCUGCAAAUUUCCUUCUCUUACAGGAAUAGUAAUAUCAUACGUGGGAUUGACAAAUAAUCUUCCUUCAUGCUUGGGAAAUCUCAAUUUUCUUGAGGAUAUAAUUAUAGAGUACAAUGGGUUGGGGCUGUCCUCCCUUACUGACCUCCAUGCCCGUGGAAAUAGAUUUAAUGAGAGUGCCCCUUCUUGGGGCUUACCAUCCUCUAUUAAACUUCUCUCUUUCUCAUUAAACCAUGAGCUCACAAUUUCAGAGAAAUUUUUCCGUAACCUUACCAAUUUAUGGCGUUUAUCUCUAUCCAACAGCACACUAAAUAUUAGUACAUCGUGGAUUCCCAACUUCCAGCUCUCUGCGUUAGAACUUGUGUCAUGUCAGAUGGACGGUCAAAUUCCACCAUGGAUUUCAACUCAAUUCUCGUUGUAUUCCUUGACGUUAGCUGACAACGGUCUUGUUGGAGAAAUUCCCUCUUGGCUAUGGGCUAUGGCUGCUUCCUUUGAUGAACUAAAUAUCUCACAGAACCAUCUGCAUGGGUCCCUUUUUCCAAAUGGUCCGAAUUCUCGGAUAGGAAUCUUGGAUGUGUCUAGCAAUGCAUUAAGUGGAAAUAUACCUUCCGAGGGGCCAGCUCUAACAAAACUAAUUGAGGGGCCUCCUCUUCAAUUGAUGCUCAAUGAUAAUUUGUUUACCGGUAACAUUCCUCCAAGCUUGUGCAAUUCGUCUCUAUGGUUACAGUUACAUCUUGAAAAUAACAUGUUGGAUGGAAUGAUUCCUUGGUGUUUAAUUGAGGAUGGAUCACGCAUUUAUGAUUUAAAUUUAGGUGGUAAUAGUCUUGAGGGAAGCAUGCCCCAAGGGCUAAUCUUCUCGUCUAGCAUUGAGUACUUGGUACUUAAAAAUAAUCAGCUCAGCGGAAUCUUCGCUCCCUCAUUUACCAAUUAUACAGUUUUGCAACUACUUGAUAUUGGGCACAACAAAUUCUCCGGACAUCUUCCAAAGUCAAUUGGGAAUAUUUCAUCUCUUCAAGCUCUGGUGAUGAACGACAAUCAGUUCAGGGGUAACAUUCUUUCAGAACUUGGCGACCUGAAGCAGCUCCAGAUCCUAGACCUUUCGUCCAACAGCUUAUCAGGCUCUAUUCCACACAAUAUUGUAUUUUUACGCGCAAUGGCUGCAGCAAUAGAGGAUGGCUAUGUUUUGCAGAGUAGUCUGCCAUAUGAUGGUGGUAAUAGCCGUAGCUCCUCUCUUGGUGGACUGGGUAUGGCCUCCAAAGGUACAGAACUAUACUACACAUAUAUUCUUUCCACACUCACUAGCAUAGAUCUCUCCAACAAUCAAUUGACUGGAGAUGUUCCUCUUGAUCUUGGAAAGUUGAAGGGGUUGAGGUUUCUGAAUCUAUCCAUGAACAGUCUUAAUGGAAUUAUUCCACAUAGUUUGGGGGAUAUGAGUCAACUUGAAUCGUUGGACCUAUCUUCAAACAAGCUUUCAGGUAAUAUUCCUUCAGAGCUUCAAUCUUUGAGCUAUUUGGCAUAUUUGAAUUUGUCCAACAACAACCUCUCAGGUAACAUACCCCAAGGAGGACAAAUGAUCACAUUUGAAAAUACAUCAUAUGCUGGAAAUCCAAAUUUGCAGGGAUGGCCUCUUCCAAAGAACUGCAAUUGGCCCAAAUUUGCACCUCCUCGUCCUGUGAGCUCUUCUGAAAAUAAAGAUGACGAGGAGAGCCAGCAAAUACCGUGGUAUGAAAUUGGACUAGGAUGGUCAUAUGGAGCAGGAUUUUUGAGUAUAGUAGUGUUGUUGCUUUUAGUCAGAGAGAGCUGGAGAAAGAAAUACUUCAAGGGGGUUGAUGAUAUUUUAAAGUUUCUGUUUCCUUUCGUGCGUAAUAGGAGAUUAUGA